AUGUCUGCCCAGGCCAACUCGCCCGUCUUUGACGUCCAAGUCGACGUCGACACCGACGCCGACGCUUUCAAACCUGCCUUUGAGCGCACCGAGAGCCACAUGACCGCCCUCACAGAGAGCACCGAUGCAAUCACCAACCUUGACACCCCUCUCACCACUCCUUCGCUUACCGACCAGCAGACCAGUUUCCUCACUAUUCACCAGCCUUCGAUCGACAUUCGCCGCGUUUUCGUAACCCUCAUCGAUGAUCUCUCCGAGCAAGACUUUGCCGAAUGCGACCUCGAGUGCUACCUCGAGUUCCUCUCCCACGAGCGUCUCGUCCACAUGCCUCGCAAAAACUCGGCGUGGGACAAGGUGCUGCGACAGGCAGAAGAGCUCGGUGCUCAGCUCAAUCACUUCUCUCAGCUCGCCGCCAACGAGCACUCGCUCAAGACCACCCUCGUCGCGGUUCGUCUGCUGCUCGAUCUCGGUCACCACCAAGCAGAGGCGCUACGUCCACUCUUUGAGCUCCUCUCCCAGAUCGCUAACCUCCUCAUGCGAUCUCUCGGCUACAGCCACCAGUAUCGUUCCAACUUGACCGUACGAUCUCUCCUCUUUUCUCUCUUCAACCGUUACAUGUCGCUCACUGCAGAGCUCACGCGCCACGUCCGCAGCCGCAUGAGCCGCCUCUCCCCCACAAGCUUCGAGGCGAUCGACGUGGGCGCGCUCUUUUCCGGCGUCAUCGACUCGAUCGAAGCCGAGUUGGCUCAGCUCGACCGCAACGUGUGGCGUUUGUCUCUUCACUCAUGCAAGCCGGCGCUCGUCCCCACCGCCAACAUCCUCGCCCAACUCUCGCGUAUCGCCGGCUCCAGUCUCAAGUCUCGCCUCUUUGCCAGUCUUGAGCGACAAGCUACCGUCCAGCCAGAGACCUGCGAGUGGUUCCAAUCUCCCUUGCUCAACUUCCUCCGCAGCCGCGACGACGUCCUCCAGAUCACGGGCAAGCAGGGAAGCGGAAAGUCGACUCUUGCCGUUUGGACGCAGGAACGCCUCCGCAGGACCCUCGGCCGCAAGUCAUACGACGUACUCCUCGUCGACCAAUACGACUCGCAUACCCUGCUCGACUUGGCUAGAUCGCUCCUUUUGCAGCUCUGGAACAAAAACAUCGGCGAUGUGCAGCUCCACUCGGAUCUCGCCGACGUUCUCGUCAAGGACAAUGACGAAGACGACCUCGCAAACGGCCUGUGGGAUGUGCUCGAGCGCACCCUCGCUCGCAGCGAUUCGCCCAAUGAGAUCGUACUUCUCGUCGACGGUCUCAACACCCGUCACGAACAGGCUUUCCACCACCUUCGUCAAACCAUCCAACGCAGUCCACGCGCUCGAAUGGUCACUUUCGGAGGCGCCUUCGCCAACGACCUUCCAGACUACAAAAUCACAAGCGACGUCAAUGCGCGCGAUAUGGCCAUCUACCUUCGUCACGGUCUUGCCAAGCGAUCCGUGCCUCACGCCGACGGGCUCAUCGAUUCGCUUGUCCAACGCGCCAACGGCUCGUUCCUCUGGUCUUACCUCUACCUCGAGCUGCUUCGACUUCACGGCCAACACAACGUCGACUGCACACAUGACGUUAAUGGUUUGCUUGACGAGCACGCUAAGCACCUCGGCGACGCCGGUGUGCGUCUUCUGCAAUUCAUGCUCGUCGCCAAGCGCGCGCUCUGCUGGAGUGAGCUCGAAGCGCUCAUGCGACCCGAACAGCUCGCGGCCGCACGAUCUUCACCCCACGCUUCCGUCUUUUUCCAGGAAGUCCGCGGUCACCUCCAGUUCCGCCAUGCCACCAUCCGCAGCUUCGCUAGGGAUCACCUCGUCAAGGAUGAGCACGAGGUUCAGCGUCGCAUCCUCCGCAAGCUGCUUCUCUCCGUCAGCGCCGAGUUUACCGAUGCCGCACUACCGUGUCUCGACAUGCUCAGCGGAAAGGACCUCGAAGCUACGCUCAACCAGGGCAAGGCUGUCGAGUACACGGUGCUCUUCUGGCAUCACCACUUUGAGCGCUCCGGUCUUGAGCCAAAGGCUCUCGCCGAUUGGUUCCCGCGCUCCACCCAAUUUGCUCUCCUCGAGUGGUCCUACUGGAAUCACCACCGCCACCUCGGACACCACAUCGCCGGCCUCGACGUGCGCAAGGCGUGUUUCGGCAAAAAUCACCUCUCGGUCAUGCAGAUCUACCUCGCGCUGGCGUGCAUUCACCGCGACCACCACCAGUUCUCGGACGCUGCACAGUACUUCUACAAGGCUUGUAAGCUUGGUCAGGAGGGCGGCUGCAUUGACCGCUACUCGCUGAUCGUCACCACUUGCGCAUCGCUCUUCCUCGUGUGUACCGAGACGCUCGUGUUUACCAAGCGCACCGAAAUGUGCACCAUGCGCGAGCACAUGAUCCGCUUCACCAUCGAGAUCUGUCGUCGUCAGCAUGGUGAACACAGCGAGCAGGUCAUUCACUGGUACCACAUCCUCAUCCAGCUCCUUGUCAGCAUCAAGGACCACUCGGCCGUCAUCAUCGUCUACCGCGAACUCUACCACAUUCUGCUGCACGUUCACGGUCCUCGUCACCCUCGCACCAAGCACAUUUGCAACGAGAUGGCAGGCCUCGAAGUCGUUGUCCACGGCGAAGACUCGCAGCUCAUCGACACCUACGUUACCUCGAUCCUCGAGACUGUCGACCAGUACGAAGACGAGCACGAGCAUGAGGCGCACAUCAUGGUACUACUCCGUCUUGCGCGUGGCUAUUCCAAGCACACGCUCCACUGGCACCACGCUUGCCGGCUCUACCUCACCAUCUGGCGUCGUCUGGGCGAAAUCUGCCGUCGUCAGUGGUCGCUCGAGAUGACUUUGCUCAAGAUCGACGUUUGCAUUGAGUAUGCCGAACUCCUCCACGCGCAUGGCCACAUCACAGAAGCGCACGACAUCCUCGUCGUACUCUGGGCCGAAUUCCAACACGACGAGUGCAAGGAAUACAGCAUCAUCAUCCGCCUCAAACAGCUCGGUCUGGUCCUGCGCAAGUUUGGCCUCCUCUCGAUCUGCUACGAGAUCUUCAUCAAGCUCUUUGGCUGGUUCAAGGGCUGCGGUCGACCGUACGACGAUGACGCCCACGAAAUCACUGUCAUCGUCACCGAGGUCACUGAAGAAAUCGUGGAGGUGACGAGAAAGACCAAGACCACCACCAAGGUCACCGUCACCGAGACUGUCACUCGCGACGUCUUUGAGACACACUACGAGCGCUGCAUCCGCAUCAAGAAGGGCGAUAAGCACCUGUAUAAGGCUUGCAUGUUGCUCAUCAACCUCUUGAUCUCGCAGCACAACUACCACGAGGUCGAGCUCGUCAUCACUCGCACUCUCGAGAUUGAAUGGGCGGACUUCUUCGACGUUAGCAUCGACAUCUCGAUCCCCGACGAGCACCUCGUCGAGCUGCUCGUGCUUGCUGGCAAGUAUGCUCACUGUCACCACAAGCGAGGCAACUUUGACAAGGCUGAGUGCUACUACCUUCGCAUCUGGUACGCUUGCCUGCACAAAUUCGAGAUCCACCACGAACACGUCACCCAUGCCUUCUGCACGCUCAUCGAAUUCUACGAGGAGCACUAUCGUUACGACAAGGUGAUUGAGCUCUACCUCGACGUGCUGGUGCGCUACCGCAAGCACUGCGGUGCCACGCACACACUCACCAUCCAGCUGCUCUACAAGCUCGCCAGGCUCUGCAAGAAGAUGGGUCGCCAUGACUACAUCGACUACUACUUGGAGAUCUUUACCGUUUUGCAGGACCACCACGGUCACUGUCACCCUGACGCCUGGGAGGCUGCUUGGGAAGUGUGUGGCUGGAGGUACGAGCACUGCAAGUGGGAGUCGCUCAUCGAGAUCUGUGCCUCGCUCUGGCAGGUCUUUGUUCACGGAGGACACGAUCACGGACAUCACCACCACGAGUUUUUCUCGCCAGACAUCAUCCUCGUCCUCUACGAGCGCUACACAAAGGGUCUCGAAGUUCAUGUUGGCUUCCACUUUGAGGAACACUACAAGAUCACGCUCGAGUUCCGAGAGGUUGUCAAGCUCCGCUUCGGAGUCGACCACUCACUGCUCAUCAGGGCGCUCAUCGCUUUGGCCAAGGUUUGCGAAUACAAGGAGGAGCAUCACCACGAAGCCGUCACUCUGUACGAGGAGGUCAUUACACGCACGCGCACCGUCACCGUCGAAACCAUCACCGAAGAGGAGAUCACCGUCGUCAAGAAGCGUCUCACCAAGGUGUACGUUCAGAUCAUCGAAAGAGGCGGUCACCACGGUCAGCCGCACCUCGGCGACAACGCUUUGCGCGUCUGCAUGGAGAUUUACCUCCAGCUCAAGGCCGAACACGGAUGCUGGCACGAGUUGACGCUCUUCGCUCUCGAAAGGGUGGUCGUGAUCCACUUUGCUCUCGGUGGUGAGCAUCAUCACGCCCAAAUCCUGGUGCUGAUGCAGACCAUCGUUAUCGAGGUGCUCGAGCGAUGCACCGAGUCUCUACUCCUCUACAAGGCUGCUAUCCACAUCGCCCAGAUCCUCAUCCGCAUCAAGGUCAACACUUGGGCCGAACAGCUGCUCUGCAAGCUUCAUCACCUCAUUGUGCUUCCUGGCUUGCCGUGCGAGCACGACUUUGAGAUCGAGUGGACCCACGCACACGGCGACGACUACAAGACGAUCUCGCUUGUCUUUAUCGUUGCCUGUCUGCACAGGCUCGGCCACUACGAACAGCGUUCCUACUCGGAGGUCAUGGCGGCUGUGCUGCUCGAGAUGCAGCUCUACCGUUCCUUUGCCUACUACACUAGUUCCGAGACGGUCGAGAUGGUGGUACUCUUGCAAGCCGGUGCACGUCUGCACUGCUUCUGGCAUGCUAUGGGUCGCACCGCUCUGUGCCGCACCAUCCUCGGACAGGUGCUCGUUCACUUCCGUGCGUCGGACCUCGGCAGCUGCAUCGGCGAAGACGUCUCGGACGAGGUGCUGCUCGUGCUGCUCGAGUCGCUUCUCACGCACACCGACAGCGAGAAGCGCAUCACCGACGUUGCCAAGCUCAUGUGUCACACGGUCAACCACAAGGUCAAACAGUUGCUCGACGCGGGCGACUUCUCGAUGGCGCACGAGCUGGCCAAGUGCGGACUGACGCUGGCUCGUCACCACCGAUACUACCAUGUGCAUGUUUCGCUGGGAUACAAGUUGGCAGAGUACAUGGCAGGCAUUGACGUGCUCUCUACGACCAGCAAGAAGCUCGGCAAGAUGAUGCGCCAGACGUCUCGCGCGAUCACAGACGAGGUGCUGCUAGCUCUGCGCGAGUCGCAGAUCGAGCUGCUCUCGCUACGCUUCGAGGAUAUCCGCGGACUCGUGCAUCUGCUAGGUGCACAGGCCAACUAUGUCGAGCUGGAGCAUCUGCUGCUGCGGCUAUGGCGAUCGCGAGAGGUACAGCGAAACUGGCGUCCCGAGACGGUGCUGUCGAUUGGACAUGCGCUCGUGCAUGCACAUGUGGCUACCGAUCGCCUUGAGGAUGCUAUUGCACUGUGCGACACAAUGUGCUACAACUUGCGCCACUCGGGCGACGGCUUGGAUGACGAAGCGGUCCAAGCGAGCCAGCUCCUAGCUACACUGUACACCAAGGCGGGUCGUCACGAUCGCGCAAUGGGUGUGUACGAGGAGGUCCUACGCGAGGUCGACGAGGAUGGUUCCGACGACUUGUUCACCAAGUGGGCCAGCCCGCAGUUGGACAUGUUGCGGUGCUCGUAUGGUCGCAACGGUGGCUUUGCCAACAACCGAGCUACCUACCGCGAUCUGUUCAACUCUCUUUCGCGUAGGGGCCUCGAAUGCAACCACGACGAGUGGCAACUGAACAGCGACGCAGAGCCCGUAGCAGCUACAGGCGGAUACAGCGUUCCUGAAAAGUGGUACCUCAUCCGUACGCCCGACAUUGCUCCCAGCGCUCCAACCGAUGUCCACGGCCACUCGCACGAACACCACCAGGACCACUCGCACACCAAAUCGCUUCCUGUCCGAUCCGCCACUCGCAAGGGCCGCGACUCGCUCACGCGCAUCGCUCUGCGUCGCUCGCGCGGCUGCCAGCUCGCUCCCGAGCUCGUCGUCGUCUGA